UCUCUAAGACCCAGAGGAAUCCACGCCAGGGCGGUAGGCUGUGCAGAUUGCAGAAGGGUUAGAGCAUUCGGUCUCCAUCACCAGCCAUUCAGGCGCAGAAAGAGACAGAAAGGAGGAGGAAGAAGAGAAGGAUAGAGAGACAGGAGGGGCAAGGGAUCUCCACACCUGGCCGGACAUGGCCAGAACUGAGCCACCCCCUUAGGAGAUCCCGCAGUCUGGUCCCAGCCUCUGGCAGCUGAGCGGUGGACCAGUUUUGCCUUCUCCCAUCCCCUCUCCCCCCCACCCGCAUUUCCCUUUCACAAUGAGAGCUGCUGUAUUGUAGACAGACAGCACAGCCUAGCCCCUGCCUACAGCCGAGGGGUUCUGGUGAUGUGAGUCCACUGCAGCAGGAGAUAGAGAGAGAAAGAGCCAGACAGACAGAAGAGGCAGAGCGAGGCUAUGUGGUGUAGGCGACAGGCGAAGCCUCCUCGGUGAACCAUGAUGAAGACUGAGCCCCACUCCUCCAGCCCCAGCAGCAGCAGCAACAGCAGCAGCCUGAGAAGCUCCUCGCCUCACAGGAACGCCUACGAAGCUGGAAUACAGGGCCUCAAAGCCACGGAGGAUGCCCUUGGCGCCGAGAGCGAGGAAGCCAAGAAGGCCAGGAACAAGAAGUAUGGCUCCAACGUCCACCGGAUCAAGAACAUGUUCCUGCAGAUGGGGACCACUCCGGUGAGUGAAGGGGCUUGCGACCUGGCCAAGGUGAAGGAGAAGCCCGUCAGGCUGUCCUUGCCCCGGGCCAGCAGCCUAAACGAGAAUGUAGACCACAGUGCACUGCUGAAGCUGGGGACCAGCGUGUCGGAGAGGGUGAGCCGCUUCGACUCCAAGCCUGACAAGCCAUUCUCCAAACUCCAGGAGACCCGGAAGAUCUUUGAGAGGAGCCUCCAGGAGAAGGAGACCACCAACAAACUCCUGCUGAGGAAGGAGAGGGCUGGCUUCCAGGACAGGAAGCUGGAUGUGGUGGUGAGGUUCAAUGGUAGCACUGAGUCCCUGGACAAGCUGGACACGGAGGCCGUGUCGCCCACUGUGAGCCAGCUUAGCGCUGUUUUCGAGAAGGCCGACCUGAGGAACAACCUGCACAAAACGCCUGGCAAAGUUGGGCCCCUCAACUCCAAAAUUGUCAGCAAGAGGUCCCGGGUCUUUCUCCAGAGCCAGGAAGCGGGCAAGGCAGACCCCAGGGUUGGCGAUGGGCCUUCACUGCAGGCAAGAGUCAGGCAGCUCGAGAGUGAGAAGGCGCAAGCCAAGCCAGCUGCAGGGGUCCAGGGUGCACCCCGGGUGGGUGACAAGGACGGGGCAGGUCCACGUUCCCAGAGUGUCCAGGAGGUGAGGAAGAUCAAGCCGGUGGAGGUGGAGGAGAGCGGGGACUCAGAACAGGAGGCCGAGGUGGUCGAGCGGGCGGAGGAGGUGGCUUUUGAGCAGGACAAAAUCAAGAGUGCCGAUGGGCAGACACCAGGGCCCGACCUCAGGGUAGAGGUGAUCCAGGCUGAGGUGAUGGUGCACGCAGCCUUGGAAAAUGGCAGCCUGGCUGCAGAGAAACAUUUGGAGGCCCCGGAGGUGGCUGCUUUUGCCGAGGAGGUGGGCAAGGCCGAGGGGCAAGAGGAGGCUGACCUGGGCGACGAGUCCAAGAAGGAGGACUUCUCGGAGGCUGACUUGGUGGACAUUAGUGCCUACAGCGGGCUGGGGGAGGACUCGGGUGGGAGCGGGCUGGAUGAGGACGAGGAAGCCGAUGGCCUGUAUGAGCCGGAGUCGAGCUGCUUGGAGAUCCCGGGACUCUCAGAGGAGGAGGAGCCGGCGCCCAACCGCAAAAUCCACUUCAGCACAGCGCCCAUCCAGGUCUUCAGCACCUACUCCAAUGAGGAUUAUGACCGCCGGAACGAGGAUGUGGACCCCAUGGCUGCUUCAGCAGAGUAUGAGCUGGAGAAGCGGGUGGAGCGACUAGACCUGUUCCCUGUGGAGCUGGAGAAAGAUUCUGAGGGUCUGGGAAUCAGCAUUAUUGGGAUGGGUGCUGGAGCCGACAUGGGCCUGGAGAAACUUGGCAUCUUCGUCAAGACGGUGACUGAAGGUGGGGCAGCUCAUCGGGACGGCAGGAUCCAGGUGAACGAUCUCAUCGUGGAGGUGGACGGCACCAGCUUGGUGGGCGUGACCCAGAGCUUCGCGGCCUCAGUGCUGAGGAACACCAAGGGUAGAGUCCGGUUCCUGAUCGGGCGGGAGAAGCCGGGUGAGCAGAGUGAGGUGGCUCAGCUGAUCCAGCAGACACUGGAGCAGGAGCGAUGGCAGCGGGAAAUGAUGGAGCAGCGAUACACCCAGUAUACAGAGGACGAUGAAGAAACAGGCGAAUAUGCUACGGACGAGGACGAGGAGAUGAGCCCUAUGUUCCCCAGCAGCGAGAUGGCCAUUGAGGUCUUUGAGCUGGCUGAGAAUGAGGACAUGCUGUCCCCUGUUGAGAUGGACCCUGAGAAGCUGGUGCACAAAUUUAAGGAGCUGCAGAUCAAGCACGCCGUAACUGAGGCUGAGAUCCAGCAGCUAAAGAGGAAGCUGCAAUCCAUUGAGCAGGAGAAGGCUCGCUGGCGUGCUGAGAAGGCACAGCUGGAGCAGAGUGUGGAGGAGAACAAGGAGCGGAUGGAGAAGCUGGAGGGGUAUUGGAUGGAGGCCCAGAACCUGUGCCAGGCUGUGGAUGAGCAUCUCAAGGAGACACAGGCCCAGUAUCAGACCCUGGAGCGCAAGUACAGUAAGGCCAAGCGGCUCAUCAAGGAGUACCAGCAGAAGGAGAUCGAGUUCCUCAAGAAGGAGACAGCCCAGCGACGCAUCCUGGAGGAGUCGGAGCUGGCUCACAAGGAGGAGAUUGACAAGCUCCAGGAGAAGAUCUCUGAACUGGAGGAGAAGCUGCAGACCCUGAAAAAUUCCAACCCGACUUAAACCCGCCCAGGACUUGAAGCAAUUGACGUUUUUUUCCUUCCCCGCACCGACCCUUCCCUUUUUCCCUGUCCCGUCUCCCCACACCCCAGCUCCCCUCCAUCGCCCACAAUGGGGAAGGGAAGAGAGACGACAUGGAAACCACUGCUGGUUGACGAAGAAUCCUCCCUUCCUCCUCCCAGCCCUUUGGAAGGACAGUGAUCGAAGGUGCAGGGAGGGGCUCUGGCAUUGUCCAGCUGGGUCCUGAAUGACACUGCAUGGGUGGGCCUUGGAGAGGGGGCUUCUGCUCCCCUUCAUGGAUGGAUCCUGGAGGGGGAGGGAGGGCAAAUGCCAACACUGCCCCUCCCCCCACUUACCUGCUUCUGCUGAUGAGACUUUGCAGCAGCCUUGCUGGAUCAGGACUGGACUGAGCCAGGUGAUUGCACCCCCUAGGCCCAUGCCAGCCUGUCAAGGGGCAUGGGGGUGACUGGAACCAGGCUGACAAGAACUGCCCCCGAUUCUUUCCAUGUAGAGCCUCUGUGGAGAGGGCCGGGGUGGGGAAGGGAAGCUGAUUUCUUUCCUCUCCUCUCCUUGGAGCUAUUAACCCUGGCGCAGUCUGUCAUGCUCUGGGUCUUGUUUGGUGGUGGGAAACCUGUGUGUUUCAAGGCAUUGACUGGGCAGCGCCAAGAGUGGAGGCAGGCUGCAGGUGUGCUGUGGAGGCUGAGCCAGGUGGGAGACCCCUGCCCCUGCCCACCUUGGAAGGCUGCCUGGACUGUAAUCAUGGCCUCUCCAGUGCAGAUCUGCCUCCCUGGUAGAUUGGAUGAUCUCAGUAUGCUACCACAAGGCCUGAGCUGAAGCAGAUCUUUGCCAGGCAGCAGGGCAGGGGGAUCCAGGCAACACCCUCCAGGUGAACAGCACGCCAGGGUGCGUGCAUCCUGUCUGCAUUGCCCUUCCCUCCCAAGCAGGAUGGACAGAGCUACAUGGAUUGUGUGAAGGGGCCUUGGCUGUAGAGGCUGCCCUGCACUUAGCCAUGUUGGGGCAGGCUGGAAGAGGAACACAGCAGGAACAUGAGGGUUGGGGGGGUGGGGCUGUGCCUGCUUCUAGCUUCCUGCCAUGCCCUUGGCAGGGGGGCUGGGAUGCUGCUUGGUGCUGCUUUGGCUGGGAGGGGGUGUUGGCCGCACCCCAGAACCAGCCGCAGGGAACUGAUGGGUGCAAAGCCUCACGGAGAUCUGGUGCUCUCACACCCUGCAUAGGGCAGGAGGCUGUGUCCCAUCCAAGCGCUGCGCUGUGCCACCUUUGUCACCACACUACCUUAGUCACGCUGCAGUCUUCUCGUGUUGGAAAGGCCUUGGUGUCCAUCUGCUUUUCUUGGUUUCCUGUUUUUUCCCCAAAUUUUCCCUGAAGUGCUGGAUACAGGCCUCCCUGCCUUCCCAGCCACCCACACGCACAGGUGCAGCCAAGUGGACAUCUAACAUUGGCAACCCAGAGUAGUGCUUUGAUGCAGCCUGGGCCAAGAGCUCCCUACCCAGGUGCUGCUCAAGCCCAGCUGUGCACUCUCUGCUCCAAGGGCAGCUCCUGGGUUUGGGCCUGUCCUCAGUACCCAGCUUCCACCCAGGGCCUCCUUCUCCUCUCCCAGGGGCAAGCUACAGCCCAGGCUGUUGGUGCUGCCACUGACAUGGGCUGCCCCAGGGGUGACAGCAUGCAGGACCAGGAUGGAGCCCAGAAUCAUGGCUCCCCUUGAUACUCUGUGUUUAGGUCAGCUGGAUCACCUGCUUAGCUCCUGCCCCCGGUGAUGAUGGUGCUUUAUUUUCACUUUGGCCAUUUGGAGGCAGGUUUUGUUUAAAACAAAGGUGCCAGCAAAGCUUUAACAGGCAUCAAAAUUACUAAGCAGUGUUGCUUUAAACUGAAAGUCCUCCUUCCUUGCAGGCUGGCUGAUCCUGCCCUCCCUUCCUCUAAGGAAAGGAAUCUCAUUUGCACUGGGGCCCUGAGAUCACCUGAAGAUGGAGAAAGAAUUCCCAUGGCCCCUUGUUGAAAGUGGGGCCCUUUGGCCUGCCUUUCCUUGCCCCCAAGAGCCAGGGUCCACAUCCUACUCUCCCUGCUGACUGUUAUCAUGGGAGGCAGGGUGCUGCCAGCUGGGAACCAUAUCCUUAUCUCUAGUCCCCUGGUGUAUCCCUCCGCAGAUGGAGUCACACCCUUGGGAGCCAACAGCACCUCCUUCACUGGGCACCUGCCUGACAGUAUUAUACCCUGGCAUGCGGGAGAGGUGACCCAGGUGACCCCACCACUCACAGAAAGGCCAGACAGUAUUUUUUUUAAGUGACAACAACCCUCCCCCCCAGAAUUGAUUUUUUAAAAGCCAAAAUAUUGCUUUUAAAGUGUAAAUAAUAAAAAAAUAGCAGUAUUUAUAUGUGGCUGGGAUAACUUUUCCCCCCUCCUUUGUAAGCUGGAUAUUUUGAGGGGGGCAGUCCAUUCUCUCCCCACAAACCUGCCCACUUAAAAAAGGUUUUACAGGGCCAACUGAUGCCCUCUCCCCUGGGGAUAUGGCAGCAGCACCCCCUCUCCUUCUGCCUCCAUUUGUUUCCUGAUGCCCCGAAAUGCUGUGUCUCCGACAGUGACUGGAUGUGGGAUCCAGGUCUCUGGUGAGCCUGCCAGGGACCAGCUGCAUUCUCUGAACAGGCCCUCUGGGUGGGACAGGCCACGUGCGGGGGCUGGACUGGAAGCGAGCCCCCCCACAGGAUUCUUUGUGGAACUUGCAAAAAAGUAUUAAAAGACUUGGCAGUGCGGAGAGCAGAGACCUCCGGAGGGCAAGCAAACUUGAUGGGUAGGACAGAGCAAUGGGACGUUGUCUUAAAUUUUUAUUUAAUCUCCUUACACACGUAUAAAUGUGUAUGUAUAUAAUAUAUAUAUAUAUAUGUAUGUAUGUAUGUAUUGUUUCUGGUUUUGUAUUGCAAUGUCCUCUCAUCAGAUCAUAUCAGAUAAAUACA